UGUAGAAAAUAAAACAAUAAACAAAAUAAAAUGAGAAGCACAGAAACUGAGUUGUACUUUGUUUCAUGAACUACGAUCCAGAGUACCAGCGACUUCGAGCUGAUCGAACUGAGAAAGGAGCGUACGAGCUUGAUCUAUAUCUGAGUAAGAAGCACGACCAGCUUCUGGCAAGCACUCUUCAAGCUGGCACUUACAAGAGGACCUUGUCUUUGGUCAUUGUUGAUGGUUUUGCAGUCGAAAUCACUGAAACUCAGGCCAAUGUGCUUAGAUCUGCAAAUGGGGUGAGAGUUGUGGAGAAGAAUCAAGAGCUUGUUUAGUGCAUUAAUGCACAAAAGCUUCAAGUUUGUUCAACAGUUGUACAUGUA